GCUCUUAGCACUCUCGAGGCUGCAAGCCUUGAACCUAAGAACUACAAUUCCCGACGUUCACCAUGAGGGCCAGGGGGUAGGAAGAGCCCCCAGCAGCCCCGUACGAGGUUCCUGUCUCCCUAGUGACAGCAGCUACAGGAAGCAGGCAGGCAUCCCCCAACCCCCAAUGCUAAGCCUGUCCUCGGAGGCGUGCACUGGACACUUUCCAUCAUAACUCCCAUCUCUGACCCCAUGGCGAAGUCCCCAGGGAACUCUACCCUGGAGGACAGUCUGGGGCAAUACCAACGGAGUCUCCGGGAACGUGCCAAUAGAAGCAUUCACCAAUUGAAAUGUGCCCUGAGAGAAGUCGAUGCCACCAUAGAGGAAGAUGCACCGGAUCCUUCCACCAGCAUUAACGUAGAAAAUGUGGACACAGGGGUGGCCUGGCAUGAACUGCAGCACAGCCAUGCUGUCAAUCAGCUGAAGGCUUUGUUGCGCCAACAAACAAGUACAGAAAAUGAGACAUCUCCACGAAGACGAAAGUUGUCCCCUUCGCGGCCCUCAGAUGGUGAGGAUGGUAGCUUGCCCACCAUGCACAACCUCGUUCCUAUCAUUAACGACCAGUCUCAGUAUAUUCACCAUUUGGAAGCAGAAGUCAAGUUCUGCAAGGAUGAAUUAUCCAGCAUGAAAAAUAGGGUGCAAGUAGUUGUACUUGAGAAUGAAAGGCUCCAGCAAGAACUGAAAUUUCAAAGACAGGAGGAGACCCUGAGGGAGCAAACACUUCUAGAUAUGUCUGUGACUAUACAAAAUUCUUGGAUGAAGACGCGAGAAGAUUCUAGGGUGAUUGAAACUGCAAAUAGACCAUUUUCUCAUGGUGAUGCGGAGACUGGCAAAGCUGCAUCCACCGGUGAUGCUGACAAAUGGAGGCGAGAGCUGGAGAGGCUGAAACUCACAUAUGAGGCGAAGACUGACCUUCUGGAGUCUCAGCUGAAGCUUUUGAGGAAAGACUUGGUUGAAUAUCAGAAAACCUGUGAGGAUCUUAAGGAAAGAUUGAAGCAUAAAGAGUCUCUUGUGACCGCGAGUGCAUCCAGCCGUGUGGGCGGCCUCUGUUUGAAGUGUGCUCAGCAUGAAGCUGUCCUUUCCCAGACCCACAACAACGUGCACAUCCAGACCAUCGAGACGCUGACUAAAGAGAGGGACGACUUAAUGUCUGUGCUGGUGUCUGUGCGGAGCAGCUUGGCGGAAGCGCAGGAGAGGGAGACAAGCGCCUACAAGCAGGUGAAGCACGCUGUGCAGAUGACCGAAGAAGCCAACUUUGAAAAGACCAAGGCUUUGAUCCAGUGUGAGCAGCUGAGGAGUGAGCUGGAGAGGCAGACAGACAGACUGGAGAAGGAACUUGCCUCUCAGCAAGAAAAAAGGGCUCUGGAGAAGGAGAUGAUAAAGAAAGAAGUAACCAGAGAGCGGGAAGAGGCGGAGGCUAAGAUGUUGAUCCUAUCUCAGAAUAUUGCCAAGCUGGAGGCUGAGGUUGAAAAGAUUACAAGGGAGAAGACUUCAGCUGUCAGUCAAUUAGAGGAAGUUCAGAACCAGCUUGCAUCUCAGGAAAUGGACGUCACAAAGGUGUGUGGAGAAAUGCGCUUUCAGUUGAAUAAAACCAAAAUGGAGAAGGAUGAGGCGGAAAAGGAACACAAAGAGUACAAAGCAAAAUCUCAAAAGGAUCUUGAAAUGAAAGAUCAGGAAAUAGAGAAGUUGAGACUGGAACUGAGCGAAUGCACGCAGCAAGUGGAGCAGGAGCAGCAGAAGGCGGCUCGGGCCAGACAGGAGUGCCUGCAAGUCACAGAGCUGCUGGGCGAGUCUGAGCGCCAGCUGCACCUCACCAGACUGGAAAAAGAUAGCAUUCAGCAAAGCUUUAGCAACGAAGCAAAGGCCCAGGCCCUCCAGGCCCUGCAGAGAGAGCAGGAGCUGACACAGAAGAUACAGCAAAUGGAGACCCAGCACGACAAAACUGACAGUGAACAGUAUUUACUGCUGACCUCCCAGAAUACAUUUCUGACAAAGUUAAAAGAAGAAUGCUGCAUAUUAGCCAAGAAACUGGAGAAGGUCUCAGUGAAGAGCAGAUCGGAAAUAGUUCAACUCAGUCAAGAAAAAAGAUACUUGUGUGAUAAGCUAGAGAAGUUACAGAAGAGAAAUGACGAACUGGAGGAUCAGUGUGUCCAACAUGGGAGGGUGCAUGAGACGAUGAAGGAAAGGCUCAGGCAGCUGGAUAAGCAUGGUCAGGCCACAGCGCAGCAGCUGGUGCAGCUGCUUAACCGGCAGAAUCAGCUUCUCCUGGAGCGACAGAACCUGUCAGAGGAAGUGGACCAGCUGCGAGCCCAGUUACCCAGCAUGCCACAAUCUGAUUGCUGACCUGGAUGAAACAGAGUGAAAUAAAUGAUUUACAAAGAGAUAUUUACAUUCAUCUGAUUUGUACUUAAUGUGCACAGUGCACCGAAACCUCCCCAGGGAGACACCACCAGGGACUGCAGGGGGGCUGGUCCUCAUGCCAUGGCCUGUCCCUGUGCUACAGACAGGGAGUGCUUCAGCGUCAACUGGCUAGGGCUAGUCGGGAGUGUGUGCUCAGAACAGCUUCAAGUCACUGAUUUCCCUUGUCUCUAAAGUAUGCACAGGGAUUAAUAAAAAGUCUUUCUAAAGA